AGACGAGGCUGCGGGACAGAGGUUUGCUUGCUUUUUUUCGCCGUUAUGUCUGUUAUCUGCGAGUUUUGUAGUGACUUGAUAUCAGUUCUCUACGUUUGCCUCCACGAGUCUCGCCUUCGGGGCUGUCUUUGGACAAGAUGAGAGUUCCAUCCAAUUCGACAGUGACAAACCAGAGCUCAGUGAAGCAAUAUUUUCGCAGUGGAGAAGAGCAGGAGAUACCCAAACCUUGGACACAAGAAAUGCCAAUAUACUCCCCGGCUCCAGUUCAAUCUGUAUAUGAAUCCGCAGAUGUCUCUGUUUUUGGUUCACCAUAUAGUUUGGAUAGGGCUGGAGAGGCGGAUGGAAUGGGGUUCUCGAACCAUGACGAGAUGGUUGAGCAAGUCGCAAUGCUCAAUUUCUAUGAGCAUAUGAUGAGCAAUAAAUCUUCCAGUAAUCAAAUUGCCAAAGAAAAUAUGUGGGGAGAAUCUUCAAGUAAUGUGGCUAGCAACCCAAGUUUUCAAGGCACGAGAACAGACAACUUAGUAUCUGACAUGCAGAAUGGAGAUAAGGAAGUGAGACCUGUUGAAGAGACUUUUGGGUAUAUAGAUGCUGCUCGAUUUUGGAGUGAUAACAUGAAUGAUACAGAUUCUAGUCAUUCAUCACCCAAAGCUAGUACAUCCACAGCUUCAAUAACGACACUCACACCACAAGAAAUACGUUCCGACAACCCUUUCAUCAACGCCUCAAGUCCAACACCUAUACAAACCAACGUGCCAACCAGCUGCAUAAUCUGCAUCGAAGACUUGACACCCACGCUCUCCCCACCCCCCUUCAUCACCCCAUCCUGCACCCAUCAACCUUCACUCUGCACCUCCUGCCUCUCAAAAUGCAUCACCACGGGCCUGACCACCAAACCCUGGAACCAACUCACCUGCCCCGAAUGCCCCGUCCCGCUCACCUACCCGGACAUCCGCCGGCACGCCACGCCCUCAACCUUCGCCCGCUACGAAGAACUGUCCUUCCGCAGCGCCGUCGGCGCUGAUGCCGAUUUCGUCUGGUGUCCAGCGCCCAACUGCGGGUUUGGACAGCUGCAUGCGACGGGGAUGGAGCAGCCGAUUGUGCGGUGCGAGAAGUGUGGGUUUCGGUCUUGUUUUCGGCAUGGCGGGGUGUGGCAUGAGAGGUUGAGCUGCGAGGAGUUUGAGGAGAUGCAGAGAGAGCGGGUUUGGAAAAGGCAGGUUGAAGAGGAGGCUAGUAUGUCGACGGUGGAGAAGACGACUAAGAAGUGUCCUGGUUGUUCGUGGCCGAUUGAGAAGAAUGCUGGGUGUGCGCAUAUGACUUAUACGAAGUGUUGUGCACAAUUCUGCUGGAACUGCUUCGCGGAUCACAAAAAGAUCGAUAGAUACGGAAAUGACCAGCAUGACGUGAACUGCCAAUUUCAUACAGACAAUCUACCGCAUUGA